AUGUCACAAGCCACGAAAACCAGCUGGAUCAAACCUGCUGCUACUGUUUCAACAAGAAAGCCAGUGUUGAAGCUUUACAAUACACUUACACACUCCAAAGUUGAGUUCGUCCCUCAAAGAGAUGACCAGGUUACAUGGUAUUCAUGCGGUCCUACAGUUUACAAUGUGAGUCACAUGGGACAUGCUCGUAACUAUGUCACUAUCGAUAUCAACCGAAGAAUUCUACAGGACUAUUUCCAUUAUAAUGUGAAAUUUGUUCAGAAUGUCACCGACAUUGAUGAUAAGAUCAUUGUUAAAGCUCGUCAAGAGUAUCUUUUCGCUCAGUUUACAAAGGACUUACAAGGUCAGGUGACUGAAUCGUUGAUCCGCAAGGCCAAACAGGGACUUCUACAGUAUGUGGCCGAGAAUUUACCGGAUUUCAAAGGUGAUGUUCUUGCUGAGUUUAAAGCCUGGACACAGACUUUGAACUUGGACGAGUUGAAGAUCAGUAAGCCAAAGGUUCCAAUGCACGUAAAGGCCUGUAAUGCUGCUGUAGAUGCAAUCAAUGGAAAUGCUGAUUACUCGUUAUUUAUUGCCAAUACGAAGGAUGUUAUCAUGCCUGUUUUAGAUGUUGAAUUGGGGUCUACAGUGACGAAUCCAGCUAUUUUCAGAAACUGCGCAGCGUACUGGGAACGCAUGUUUGAUAGUGACAUGCACAAAUUAAACGUUUUACCACCUACAGUGAUCACUCGAGUUUCUGAAUACAUUCCGGAUAUCGUGGCGUUUGUCUUUAAGAUUGUAGACAAUGGCUUUGGCUACGUGACCAAGGAUGGAUCUGUUUAUUUCAACACUGUGAAGUUUGAUAACGAUUCUGAGCAUUCAUAUGCUCGUAAUCAACCUUGGUCCAAGCACGAUAUGGCUCUUAUUGAAGACGGAGAAGGUUCUUUGUCUCUAGAUCAUCCGGAGUCAAAGAUUAAUCCUUCAGAUUUUGCUUUAUGGAAGGCCUCUAAACAGGGUGAACCUUCGUGGAAGUCUCCUUGGGGACAAGGGAGACCUGGAUGGCAUAUUGAAUGCUCAGUUAUGGCUUCUGACGUCUUUGGAGAGCAUUUAGAUAUUCAUUCUGGUGGUAUCGACUUGGCAUUUCCUCAUCACGACAACGAAUGUGCCCAAUCGGAGGCUCAUUUCGGUUGUAAGCAAUGGGUAAGCUACUUCUUACAUACAGGGCAUCUUCAUAUUCAAGGUCAGAAGAUGUCAAAGUCGUUGAAAAACUUUAUUACAAUCGAACAGGCAUUAAACAAGUAUUCAUCACGUGAACUACGGCUGUGCUUUGCAUUGGUUCAAUGGAACAAUCCAUUGGACUUCAAGGACAGUCUUUUGGCAGAGGCCCGUGGUGUAGAGUCUAGUUUGACGAAAUUCUUCCAGAAAGUGAGAGCUUUGAACGCGGAUAACGAGUCUAAGUUACAAAGUGGCGAACUUAUUUCCAAGAGAUAUGGAUCUUUAGAGAAACAGGUAAUGAAGGAGAUUGAUGAAUGCCGUAAUAAGGUAGAAGAAGCGUUGUGUGAUAACUUAGCUACACCAUUAGCCAUCAGAGCAUUGACGGAUCUGGUUACUCAAUGCAACAAUUACAUAAAGGAAGUGGGAACAGAAAUGAGAGUGGAUUUACUUGUUCACGUGGUUAAGUAUCUCACUAAAAUGUUAGGAAUAUUUGGUUUUGAAGUGAGAGAAGAUGAAAUGGGAUGGAAAGAAGGCAGUGAAGACUUUUCUAAUGAAAGAGGUGUUGAAAGUAUUGCUAUGCCUUACGUUAAAGUGUUGGCACAGUUCCGAGAUUUGGUUCGUCAAACAGCAAUUGAUAAAGGAGACUACAAGAUUUUAAUUGCAGCAUGUGACAAAGUCCGAGAUCGGGAUUUGUUGAAGUUGAAUGUGGCAAUAGAUGAUCGAUCGGGCAAAGAAAGUUCGUUGGUUAAGUUCGUUAGUGAUAAAGAGAAGACGGAAAUGUUUGAGCAGCAGGAGGAGAAGGCUAAACAGGCUGAAGAAGCCCAGAAGAGGAAAUUACAGCAAAAGAAAGCUAAUGAAGUAAAGGAAAGGGCUAGAUUAGAAAAGGCUGGAAUAGACCCUAAAGAGAUGUACAAAGACGAAAUAGGUUGCGGCAAAUAUAGCGACUGGGAUGGUGACGGAAUUCCCACAAAAGAUAAGGAAGGGGAAGAGUUGAGUAAAAGUGCCAGGAAGAAGUUGAUCAAGAAAUGGAAGCAGCAGGCUAAGUUAUAUGGAAGUUUAUGA